GUCAGUACGCAAGUGGGCCGCGACGUGGAAAACAUGGAGGCGAAGGAGUGUGUAGAGUAAAACUUCGCCACCUCCUCUCAAUUGAAUCCACCUUUGAAGCUUGUACGCUUUCAAGCUUAAACCUGGAUAAUAGUCAGAAGUAUAUUUUGUCUCUGGGAGUGUCUACAUUGCUGUUUCACUCGAAAAACGAGACAGGACAGCGGCGAGCGGCAUUUUUGACAGGUGUUGGCAUAUGCCAGGCAAAGAGGCAGCCCUGAGUCUGGAGAUGGGAGCCAACACCAGCCAGCUCAGUGACCUGCCCGACAACCCCAGCCUCAAGGCUCUGGUGGGCACAGAGUCAAUAUCGGGAAAUGACCCUUUCUGGAACCAGCUCAUCUCUUUCACCGUUAUUAGUCCCACUAGCAGUGGAGACUCCAAGUUGCUGGAAGAGGCUGUGUUGCCAUUGGCUAAGCUCCUCAUUGAAAACAAUCCCAGAACAGGAAACUUUGGCACACUGGUUAGAAUCUUCCUGGGAAGAACCAAAGAGCUGAAAAUAUCAACAGAAUGCCAAGAUCAGCUGUUCAUCUGGCAAGCCCACAAUGCUCUCUUCAUGGUACGUUGCCUGCUCAAGGUAUUCAUCAGGGAAAUGAGCGAGGAAGAGCUGCACUUGCAGUUCAGCUACCAAGAGAGGGCGCCACGAUCGUGUGGAGCAACCCAUGAAGAUCUCCUUGAGGAGCUCUUAUCCAACCUGGUGCACCUGAUCGUCGAAGUACCGCUGCUUGACAUCACAUACAGCAUCCUGUUUGAAGCUGUCACCACCCUGCUGGUGUUCUUCUCCUACCAGUUGUUCUGCAAAGACAUCCUCAGAGAUGGUUUGAUCUACCGACAUGUUAUGAAGGGACGAUGCUUGUCACUGACCAGUCGCCUGGUGAAGACGCUGCUCUACAACUUUAUCAGGCAGGAAAAGUGUCCGCCCCCAGCGACACACAUCUUUGAGCCCAAAGCGGAGGGUGGCCUGCUUUAUGGGCUGGCGUCAGGCGUGGCAAGUGGUUUAUGGAGUGUCUUCACCUUGGGUGGAGCUGGAAGCAAAGCCGUGGGGGACCUGGAGCACAAUCCCUUACCAUUGUCCAAUCAGAGCCUCCUGUUACUGCUCGUUCUGGCCAACAUGACUGAUGGGCCUGACUGGCCCAAUCCCUACCGCCAGGCUAUAACCUGCUUCAGAAACACACAAGACACGUCAUCCAUUCCUGCGGAGCAGGCACACACGUUUCAGAUCAAUUUUAACAGCUUGUACACAGCACUGUGCGAGCAGCAGUGCUCUGACCAGGCCACACUGCUGCUCUACACGCUGCUUCACCAGAACGCCAACAUGAGGACCUACAUGCUCUCCAGAACAGAUAUGGACAAUCUGGUGUUGCCUAUUCUGGAGAUCCUUUACCGCGUGGAGGAAAAGAACUCCCAUCAUGUCUACAUGGCGCUUAUCAUCCUUCUCAUUCUCACGGAAGACGAUGCUUUCAACCGCUCCGUCCAUGAAGUGGUCUUAAAAAAUGUUACGUGGUACUCGGAGAGGUCGUUGACUGAAAUCUCCCUCGGCAGCCUGCUCAUCCUGGUGGUCAUCCGCACGAUCCAGUUCAACAUGACCCGCACGAGGGAUAAAUACCUCCACACCAACUGCCUGGCAGCACUUGCGAACAUGUCUGCACAGUUCAGAUGCCUCCACCAGUAUGCUGCCCAGCGCAUAAUCAGUUUAUUUGCUUUACUUUCCAAGAAGCACAACAAGGUGCUGGAACAGGCAACGCAGAGUCUGAGAGGCAGACAGAGCGACAACACGGUCCUGCCCGAUUAUGCGCAGGACCUGAAUGUGAUUGAGGAAGUGAUCCGCAUGAUGCUGGAGAUCAUCAACUCUUGCCUCUGCAACUCGCUGCACCACAACCCGAACCUGGUGUAUGCACUUCUCUAUAAGCGGGAGCUCUUUGAGCAGUUCAGGAUGCAUCCGUCCUUCCAGGACAUCAUGCAGAACCUGGACACGGUGAUUGCCUUCUUCAGCCAGCGUCUGGAGCAGGCUGGAAGUGACCUGUCGGUGGAGAGGGUCCAGGAAGUGAUUAUGAAAGGAGCCCAGGCGAUGCCCAUAGACAGACUUAAGAAAUUUCCAGAGCUGAAGUUCAAGUACGUGGAGGAAGAUCAACCAGAAGACUUCUUCAUCCCCUACGUAUGGUCGCUGGUCUUCAAUUCGGGAGUGGGCCUUCACUGGAGCCAGCAGGGUAUCGAGCUUUUCAGCGUGGACUCCGGUUGAGUGCGUUUGCUCCGGUAAAGACUGGCGAGCGUGUGAGUGUGUUAGAGUGUGUGUUACUUUUUAUAGGACACUGCUUGGAAGUGCCUCGACCUUGUGUUACAGCGGCAUCGCGGCGCAACCUCAUUUUGUCGUAAACCAAAACAAUCAAUCCCCCCGGCUUCUCCGCCGGGGAGCUCGGCCUGUUUCGCAUUCUAUGCAGAUUCGCGACUGAUAAUAAUCCCGGUUGUUGUUCCUUAAUAAUAAAUACGGAAAAAAAUUAAGUCAAUUAAGAUGUGCACAGAGGAUUUAGUAAACACGAUAUGAUGUUGAAUUUGCUUUUUAUUCGCGCAUGCUUUGCUGCUUAACUCUUUCAACGCCAUUGACGGUGAUAGACGUCCAAUCUUGUGGCGCUUUUCAUCUUUCUGUUGUGGGUUUGUCACUUGUGGACGUCAAAUCCAUUUGAACUGGGAGGGUGGCAGCGAAUGAACGUUUGUUCAUUCGCUGCCACUCUCCCAGUUAAAACGGAUUGGACGGCUAUCGCCGUCAAUGGCAGGCGAUGAGUUAAGGAGCGUUAGAGCCACACUGAACAAACGAUUAGAUUGCAAAAGUUUUUUUUUAAUAUUACAAGUUACUGGAUAAAAGCUUUAUAAUAUAAUGACUUUUUUUUCUGGAAAAAAAAAUAUUUUUUUUAAAAGAGAGGCUCUUUAAUAUUAUUGAUAUUUCAUCUUCUUGAAAUAAUAUAAGAACAAUGAUAAAAUCCAAGGAGAAUGAAUUUGUAGUUGAGAGGAAAACAUGUUAAAUUAUUCCAAAUGUUCUGUUUUUUCUUGAAAAAUACAAGUCCAUCACUAAUUCAUGAAUAUUACGGGCAUUAAGUUAACUAUUAUGACAAUAAAUAUUAUGGGGGGGAAAAUGUAUAUUAAACUUGAUUUUUUUUAAAGAAGUCUUUCCCAACAUUUUGAAGUGUUUCUGAUAAAAAUCUUUUUUCUUCCUUAUUCAUGUUUGGUGUUUUCAGUGUGUCCCUAACACUUCUUUGUACUGCCUGAACGCAUUUGAUUUUGAUUAGCAUAUUAGCAUAUAAGUAUUCAAUGACAACCAAAAUUGCAGCAGCACGGUAGCAGGUAAACUUUACUUCUUAGUUUCAACUAUUCUUGAUUUUGUCUCUUUAUAUGCAUGUGUAGAAUUUGCAUUGACUUAUUUAUUUUGGUUUCAUUUUUUAUAUCAAUAUAUAACCGGGCCCCUCUAAAUGUGUGGUUGAAAAUAAAAAUAUUGUAUCAAAGCACUAGAGCCUUAAUGUGAAAUCAUUAUCAGCAAAUUGACAUACUGUGUGAUUCAUUGGGUCUACAAAGCGUUCGGACCGGCCAUGUUUUUUUUUCCCCUCGUCAUGCGGUGGGUUUCCAUUAUGGGUCUAACGGUACACACAAGUCAUGGUUCGGUACAUACCUCGGUACAGGAAUAGGAAAAACUAAAAGACUUUUUUAUUAAUAACACCCUUUUAAAGUUCUGUUGGCUAAAACUAAAAAGCUGCUUUUAGUCUUACAGAGCCCCUGAAGGGACAUUGACAGAAAUAAAAUAAAUUUAAGCAAUCUGGUGUGCACCAGAUAGUUUAUCGUGCGCACCAGAAACUGUCUAGUAAACAUUUGCAUUAUAUAUAAUUUAAGCUAGCGGACUUUUGCUAUGCAAGUUGGCCAAUUGUUGUAAAAAUUAGCAUUACAUAGCAUUUAAGCUAGCGGACUUUUGCUAUGCAAGAUAGCCAAUUAUUGUAAACAUUAGCAUUAUGUAGCUUUUAAGCUAGUGUGCUUUUGCUAUGCAAGUUAAUCAGUUGUUGUAAACUAGGGUGACCAUAUUUUGAUUUCCAAAAAAGAGGACACUCAGCCCGGCCUCAAGAUACUUGAAUUUUACUCGAAGUUCACUCAAAGAUCACUGUAUCACUUUAAUAUAUUUAAAGUGUGCCUUCUCACUCUGGAUGGAAAAAUGCAGUUUGUAAAAAAAAAAAUAAUAAUAAUAAUGAUAAUAAUAAUAAUAAUAAUAAGAUAUAUCUCACUCUGGAUGGAAAAAUGCAGUUUGUAAAAAAAAAAUAAUAAUAAUAAUAAUAAGAAGAAGAUAUAAAUUAAAAAUAUAUAUAUAUAUAUUUAUUUAUUUAUUAGGGCCGUCAAAAUUAUCGCGUUAACGGGCGUUAAUUUUAAAAUAUUAAAAUAUUUUAAAUAAUAUAUAUAAUAUAUCAUUUUAAAAUAUUCGAUGGAAAUCCACUGAAACUGUUUAUUCGCUGACGUCAUCACCAAAAUAGAGGCGCCAGGGCGCUAUAAUGACAGGAGGAGCUAAACGGCAGAUUUAAAGACUCAUUCCUCGUCAUCUGUGCUUUGCCAAAUUGCUGUAUAUAGUUGAAUUGUCUCAAAAUAUUAUUUUAAUUCCAAUAAUUCCAAAACUAUUUAAGAUUUUUUUUGUCUUGUCAUAUACUAGUACACUUUAAGGUCAUUAUCCUCUGAAAGUCACAUGACAAAAAAGAAGGGGGGAUGAGAGAUUAUCAUUACUAUUCAUAAACUAAAACAACAAAGCUUUCUUUUUAACUCUUAAUCCUUUGACGCUCGCCGAAGUAAGUCUUGUUUGCUAAUAUCUCCUGGGAUGCUAGCUGAAACUUCCGCAGCCGAUAAAUAAGAAAGAAAACUCAUCAGUGAGAGAGGUGAAAAGGACAUAACGGCUACCCCUUCUCAAGAGACUUUCACGCCAUUUUAUGGAUUUUUUUAUCCAUGCCUGAAAUUGUUGCGUGGUCAAGGACAAAGCUAAUGCCUCUCUCUCCAGAGUGGCCCUCUUUCAGAUACUCGCGGCUUCGCUACGGGGAAAUGGGGGACGGUGUUGAGCUGGCAGAUGGCUGAAUGGAGGUUCUUCCAAAGUGACAUGGCCCUCCUUGUUCCGCCUCGCCGGCGGGGUCACCUUACCGACGCUCCCGUUUCACUUGACGGCAGCAAGAUGGAUGAAGCAAGAGCUCGGUUGUGGUUUCUUUCCCCAUUAAGGUAGAUGUGAUGAGCGGCUGCUAUAGAAGACAAAGUAGGACGGGGAAAAGUUUGUGACCUCCGUCACCGUGGAUACGUGGUGUUACGUCACGAGAGAGCUGCUCGCAGGUAUCAAAUUGAAACGGUCUUUUGAAACAUCCAUCUUAUUUGAUGUAAGUCUGCAGUUACCGUAAUGAUAAUACCGGAAUAAAGUCACCCGGCUUCUAAAAGUUGUUAUUCGGUCUUAAUAUAGGUAGAAAAAAUACCUUCCAACCUAAAACGGAUUAAACGUCUACUAGUGAUAAAAUCUCAGCAGAAGGAUAAAAAAAAGCUUGUUUUUCUGUUUAUUAGUACUUUUGUCGACUUUCCUGACCCAUGUAGCGAUAAUUGUUGUAUCAUCAUCUCGUGAGAUGAUCGUUAUCAUUAGAGAUGCCGAUGAUCACGUCAUUUUCAAAGUAUCGGAAUCGGCAAAAAAAUAUUGGCCAUGCCUUUAAAAAAAUUAUUUUUUUAAAAAAAUUAAAUCGUUUUCUAAUUGUAUUUAACGUUACAAACAUAAUAUGUUACACUCAUCCAGUGUCUUUAGUUUAGUCUUAAGGUUGGGUUAUCAAAUUUAUCCUGAUAAUGGCGGUAAUUAAAUUUUUUUUAAAUGUAUCACGUUAAAAUAUUUAAUGCAAUUAAUGCAUGCGCUGCAAGACCCACCCACGCAUUGACGCGCUCAAUCUGUAAUGGCGCCGUUUUACCUAUAUAGAGAGAUAAAAGGCAGCGUACAAUGAGUAUAGUGAAUUUUGGCGGCCUUUGGAGCCUUUAUUUAAUUGGCUAAAGCCUUACAAUCCCCCCCUUGGGAUUAGAAAUAUCAUGGGAAGUAAUGCGGGGAAGCAAGGUAGCAAUUGAUCUUUUCAAAACACCUUAUGUUACUCCCAACGCAGAGAAGAUAUAUCACUUGGUAGCACUACACACAGUCAUGGUUCCACUUCCCAUCAUGCAUUUGGGCUACAGUAUCAUUUACUGAAAGCUCAACAAAUACACUAGAUGGCAAUAUUUAGUCACAAUAUACAAAGUCACAAGUCUUUCUACCCAUGGAUCCCUCUCACAGAAAGAAUUUUAAUAAUGUAAAUGCCAUCUUGAGGAUUUAUUUAUUUAUGUACUGUAUCUUGAAUGUAUAUAUUCGUCCGAGUUUUAUUCCUUUUUUUUUUUAAUGCAUUGCCAAAAUAUAUAUGAUCGGGAAAAAUUAUCGGGAAUGAUUGGAAUUGAAUCGGGAGAGAAAAAAAAGCAAUCGGAUCGGGAAAUAUCGGGAUCGGCAGAUACUCAAACUAAAACGAUCGGGAUCGGAUCGGGAGCAAAAAACAUGAUCGGAACAACCCUAGUUAUCAUGACCCUUGUAUCGCAAAUCCAUAGAAUUCACUAUCAAUUGAGGAAACAGCUCUUACAGACAUUGCGCCAGUUUCCCGUAAGGGGCUGGGCCAGGCAGAGCGUCGUGGGAGCUUUCACUGCGAUAAACUCGCACACACGCUGUGUUGGAACGCCGGAUUUAGGUGGAAACAGGACGAAAGUUUUAGUGUACACAAGCAUGCAGGAGUGAUUUGGUCGAGGAUUCAAGGUAAUUAUAUAAAAUAGCACCAUGCAUGCACCUUGAAACGUAAAAAAUGAAAUGAAUGGCAAAAAUUUGGGUAACUUUAUCUUGAAAUAUAUACGUGAAAUGAAUGAUAACUUCCUGUUUUUUUGCUUUUAAACAAGAGUCUUUUUUUUUCAUUCGUACAGUGGGGUAAAUAAGUAUUUAGUCAACCACUUUGUGCAAGUUCUCCCACUUGAAAAUAUUAGAGAGGCCUGUAAUUGUCAACAUGGGUAAACCUCAACCAUGAGAGACAGAAUGUGGAGGGAAAAAAAACAGAAAAUCACAUUGUUUGAUUUUUAAAGAAUUCAUUUGCAAAUCAUUCCGCAGUUGAAUCAGGUGGCGGGUCUUACCAGAUGCGCUACUGCCUUCCAGUGGCCAGUUUUAUUGCUUUAAAAUGGAUUAUUAGCUUUGUGGUUUGGAGCUAUAUUAGAUCAGAACCCAGAGAUGUCUCUUGUAAAAAAAACGUAAAAGACGUAUUUAUACGUCUUUGGGAUACUGAAACAAUUCAAAAUAGAACGUAUUUAUAUGUUUUUGGGAGCAAAUGAGUUAACCCUUUUAGGUCUGGGCCUAUUUUGUCUGAUUUUGCAUGCCUUUGAAGUUGCCUUUAUAUUUCAAAGAAAGAAUUGUUUACGAUGGCCUGGUUUGGUCCCUUUUUUUGUGACACCUUGAACUUCAUGUCCAAACUGUUUCCUUCACUGACCAAUUAUAAAUCAUCAUUUUGGGCCCAAAAAGACCAAAAAUUCCAAAAUCGUUUUGUCAAAAUUUUUAAUAUUGAUGUCCAAUUGACAACCAAACAUGCGUAACGAACCGUUUUGAAACUUUGUAAUAUUUAUUCAACAUGUUAGGAUGAACAUUCAACCAAAGAAAUUUAGAAUAAAUAGUCUUAUAUUUGACAAUUCAACAUAAACAACAGGUAUAGCCAUAGGCGUUUUUUGCCUUUAUACAUGCUCUAGUCAAAACAGGUUAUAUACAGCAGACCAAACAGUGAAGAACAGUGAAAAAAUAUAUACCAUCUAACACAAAAAGUGUUUAGAGGCCAUCUCUUUAUGAGUUUAGGUAUUGCGGCCCAUCACCUGAUGAAAACUAUGUACACACAAUCAAGCUUCUUGAACACACAUUUAUAUACACAAAUUGAGAAGACUGAUUGUGGGGGAAAAAAUUUUUUUUUUCUCAGGCAUGCCACUCCGAAAAGCAGUUUCGUCCUGGAAUUAGACACAGGGCUACAUCACACAGCCCACACUUCCAAGGGGUGUCGGUCCUCUUUCCACCCUUCCAUUUUCAUUUCACUUUACUUUCAUUGUCACCAUAAAUGUACAUGAAAAAAAGUCAGUAUUUAUGAAAAUAAUAAAGUAUAAAAUAAAAAUAUAUACAGCAAUAAAUAAUAAUGGAAAUCUAUAUGUAUGACAAUAGAAAGAAUACCAUAGCUGAAUAUAUGCUACAUCCCUAAUCUUCAUAUAGAAAGAAGAACACCACAAAUUAUAGAUUCCUGCCUGGGAUACACACAGUGCACGU